UAAAUGCGCCAAUAUUGCUUUACGUUUUAGUCAUCGUCAGUUUAACACGUUUAACGUCAAAAAAGAGACGUAUACUGCGUCGUGUUCUUUCAAAAUUUUUAAUGUUUUAAAUUAAAUUUUUUUUUUUGGUGUGAAUUUAUCUUGUCAAUUUUCAAGAUCAAAAAGCAACGGAUACGGAACUUUUUCCUUUAUUGAUUCACACAGUGACUUCAUAUAUUGUUUGGAAUCAACAUUUCAGCACGAGAGUCAUAUUUUUAAAAAGUGCAAUUUCUCUUCUAUAUUUAAUACAAAAUUAAUUCUUUUAAUAAAAAAAAAUUAUCCCUUUAAUUCUCAUUAAAAGAUAAUAAUUUAUUAAAUAAAAUGUCAUAUCGAAUGCAAGGCCUGACUUUAAGUGGACUUAAGAAGCAUCCAUCUUUAAUACCCCUUUUCGUAGCAUUGGGUUUUGGAUGUUCUGUCGCUGUUUUUUGCACUAUAAGAGCUGCUUAUACAAAUCCUGACAUUUCGUGGUGUAAUAAAAAAAAUCCAGAACCGUGGAACGAAUACAGUGAUAAGGAAUAUAAAAAGUUAAUUGACAUAAAGAAGAGUAAUUUUAACGCACGUAACUCAUCUAUUUGGGAUAUAGCAAGAAGUUAAAAAAAAUAAAAUGAAACGAAGAAAAUUCUACAAAUUAUUUAAGUUAUUUAAUUAAAUUGAUUUUAUUUUUUUUAUUAUAUUUAAAAAAUUAAAAGUAGUUGAAAUUGUAUAUAAGGUGAAGAAGAUAAAUAAAAAAAUAAAUAAAUAAAU